GAAAAAGAAGACGAAGUAUAUAUUUAGGUUAACACUUUCAAAACAGGCCAGAUUCAAAAAAUUUUCAUUUAUUCAUUAAAAAUGUUUUUAACGAAUGUGUUAUUAAAGAGAGUAAAAAGCAAACAAAUUAUGGUUCAAAUGGAAAGUGUGGUAAGUGGUCACACAUUUAAUAAAAUAAGGGAUAGGUUGGCAGAUAAAUUGGAAGUUAUCAGAUUUGAUCCAUAUAUUAUGCAGGAGAGCUUGUAUAAAGAAAAGAAGAAAAUACGGAGUAUGUAGUCUGAAAGUGGAUCUUUUUUAUUUGUUUAGUGUUAUUUAGUGUAAAUAAAUUAUUUUGAUUGG